AAUUCAGCUGAGCGUGUUGACAGUGUCUGUAGGAACAACCAUGGCAGGGACGAAGGAAUGGAGCGCACCUGAGGAGAAGAAGGGGAGGCUGACUCCAGUGCUGCUGUUGGCCACUCUGAUAUCUGCGUUUGGAUCAUCCUUCCAGUAUGGAUACAACGUAGCUGUGAUCAACUCUCCGGCCAAGUUAAUGCAGGAGUUCUACACCACCACCUACCUGGAGAGGUACGGCUCUGUGAUGGAGGAGAACCUCCUCACGCUGUUGUGGUCUCUGUCUGUGUCCAUGUAUCCACUGGGCGGGUUCUUUGGGUCUCUCAUGGUAGCGCCGCUGGUCAACAAACUGGGAAGAAAGGGCACCCUCCUCUUCAACAACAUCUUCUCCAUUGUCCCGGCGAUCAUGAUGGGAGUCAGUGAGGUGGCCAAGUCUUAUGAGAUCAUCAUCGUGGCUAGAUUCAUCGUGGGCAUCUGUGCAGGUCUGUCCUCCAACGUAGUUCCCAUGUAUCUGGGUGAACUUGCUCCCAAAAAUCUGAGAGGAGCCAUUGGCAUCGUACCACAACUCUUCAUCACCAUUGGCAUCCUGAGCGCUCAGGUUCUGGGCAUCAAACACAUUCUGGGCAACAGGACAGGGUGGACCCUUAUGCUGGGCCUGACCGGUAUCCCAGCCCUGAUAGAGCUUCUUCUGCUGCCUUUUUUCCCGGAGAGUCCCAGAUACACGCUCAUCCAGAAGGGAGACGAAGCCACUGCAGAGAAAGCCCUACAGCGGCUGCGUGGACUGGACGACGUGUCUGAGGAGCUGUUGGAAAUGCGCCUGGAGGAUCAGUCGGAGAAGGCCGAGGGCCACCUGUCGGUGGUCUCCCUGCUCACCCAGCGCUCUCUUCGCUGGCAGCUGAUCUCCAUCAUCGUCAUGAACAUGGGUCAACAGCUGUCAGGGGUCAACGCCAUCUAUUACUACGCAGAUAACAUCUACGCCAGUGCUGGAGUUAAACCAAACGACAUCCAGUACGUCACCGUAGGAACUGGAGCUGUGAAUGUCUUCAUGACUGUCGCCGCUGUUUUCAUAGUUGAGGCUUCAGGGCGAAGACUGCUUCUGCUGCUGGGUUUUGGGAUUUGCUGUGGGGCCUGUGUGCUCCUCACGGUGGCCCUCAACUUCCAGGACAGUGUGACGUGGAUGCCUUACAUCAGCAUCACAUGCGUCAUCAUCUAUGUCAUCGGACAUGCUAUUGGACCGAGUCCAAUCCCAUAUGUCGUGACAACAGAGAUGUUCCGGCAGUCAGCGAGGCCCGCCGCAUUCAUGGUGGCAGGAUCAGUUCAUUGGCUGUCCAACUUCACUGUGGGUCUGGUCUUCCCCUUCAUGGAGAGAGGCCUGGGCUCCUACAGCUUCAUCAUCUUCUCCUGCAUCUGUCUGGCCACACUGGUCUACAUCUGGCUGCUGGUGCCUGAGACCAAGAAUAAGACCUUCCUGGAGAUCUGCCAGAUGUUUGCUAGAAGGAACAAAGUGGAGAUCAAGCUGGGCGACGGAGACCUGCCGCUGAAAGGGAGUAAAGAAAGUCUGCGGGAGGAAGGGAAGGUCACGGCCUUCUGAGCGGAGCGGAAGUCAUCACUUUGGACCGGGUUGUAAAGGAGAGAGUGAAGACUUUCAUGUCUUAUUUUUGUCAGAGCAUAGCCUCACAAGCUCUUUGUAGCAAACAUGGCGAUCCCUUGGUGUCCUGUGAACCUCCCUGGCCCCUCAGGUCCAAGUUGAAAGAGAUGGUGUGCAAUAUAACAUUGUUAUGGUUAAACAAGCUCAUUCUCUGCUCAACCAACAGCUUUUACAGCUGAGGAUGAAGAACGCGUUCACUUGCCCUAUUUUUGUGGUUGUAAAUGGUCUGCAGAUGUUUAUUUAAUGUAAAUUUCCAUCACUUGUGUUCACAAGCACUUUUCCAGUGGAAUUUCUGAAGGAUCUGGUAGGAGGAAGAAACAAUUGGCAGCCAUUGUUUUAUGUUUGAAUUAUUUGAUUUAUUAAACAAGACAACAUUGUCUUCAGCACGUUUAUUGAUGACACUCAGAUUUAAACAAGAUGUGGUUGUGGCUGUAA